AUGGGCGCGCGUGGCGCCGCGAGCCCGCCGCGAGGCCCCGGGCCGCUCCUCCCCGCCAUCCCCGCGCUGGGGCUGCUGCUGCUGCUGCUGCGGCCGCUGCCGCCGGGCUCGGGCGCCGCAGCCGGCCGGCCGCCCCACCUCGUCUUCGUGCUGGCGGACGACCUGGGCUGGAACGACGUGGGCUUCCACGGCUCGGCCAUCCGCACGCCGCGCCUGGACGCGCUGGCGGCCGGCGGGGUGCUGCUGGACAACUACUACGCGCAGCCGCUGUGCACGCCCUCGCGGAGCCAGCUGCUCACCGGCCGCUACCAGAUCCACACAGGUUUACAGCAUCAAAUAAUCUGGCCCUGUCAGCCCAGCUGCAUUCCUUUGGAUGAAAAACUCCUGCCCCAGCUUCUAAAAGAAGCAGGCUACGCUACCCACAUGGUUGGAAAAUGGCACCUGGGAAUGUACCGGAAAGAAUGUCUUCCAACACGCCGAGGAUUUGAUACCUACUUUGGAUAUCUUCUAGGUAGUGAAGAUUACUACUCCCAUGAGCGCUGUACCUUAAUUGACGCUCUGAAUGUCACACGAUGUGCUCUUGAUUUUCGAGAUGGUGAAGAAGUUGCAACAGGAUAUAAAAAUAUGUAUUCAACAAACGUAUUUACUGAAAGGGCUACAACCCUGAUAACCAACCACCCACCAGAGAAGCCUCUGUUUCUCUACCUUGCUCUCCAGUCUGUCCAUGAGCCCCUUCAGGUCCCCGAGGAAUACCUGAAGCCCUAUGACUUCAUCCAAGAUAAGAACAGGCACCACUAUGCAGGCAUGGCGUCCCUUAUGGAUGAAGCAGUGGGAAAUGUCACCGCGGCCUUGGAAAGCCGCGGGCUCUGGAACAACACGGUGUUCGUCUUCUCCACAGAUAACGGCGGACAGACCUUGGCGGGGGGCAACAACUGGCCCCUUCGAGGAAGAAAGUGGAGCCUGUGGGAGGGAGGCGUGCGAGCGGUGGGCUUUGUGGCCAGCCCUUUGCUGAAGCGGAAGGGCGUGAAGACGCGGGAGCUCAUCCACAUUUCUGACUGGCUGCCCACCUUGGUGAAGCUGGCCGGGGGCAGGACAGCUGGCACCAAGCCUCUGGAUGGCUUCGAUGUGUGGACAACCAUCAGUGAAGGAAGCCCAUCCCCCAGAAUGGAGCUGCUGCACAAUAUCGACCCAAACUUUGUUGAUAUUUCACCAUGUCCUGGGAGCAGCAUGGCUCCAGCCAAGGAUGAUUCUUCCCGUCUGGAAUAUUCAGCCUUCAACACAUCUAUCCAUGCUGCCAUUAGAUACCAGAACUGGAAACUGCUCACAGGCUACCCAGGCUGUGGUCACUGGUUUCCCCCACCAUCCCAGGACAAUGUUUCUGUGAUGCCCUCACCGGACCCGCCAGCCAAGACCCUCUGGCUCUUUGACAUUGACCGGGACCCGGAAGAGAGGCACGACCUGUCUAGAGAAUAUCCCCACAUCGUCAAGAAACUCCUUUCCCGCCUGCAGUUCUACCAGAAACACUCAGUGCCUGUGUACUUCCCGGCACAAGACCCCCGCUGCGAUCCCAAGGCCACUGGGGCCUGGGGCCCUUGGAUGUAG